ACUCCAUAGAAACCAAUCCCCCUUCUCUCUCUCUCUCUCGCGCCUCGCUGCCCCCAUUCCAUUCCCCCGUCGUCGAUCGCCCUUCUUCCCCAACCUAUCUUUCGCCGACUCUCGUCUCGCGCUCUCCCUUGGAAGAACAAAGCUCGUUCCUUUUCAGGAAGGAGGGUGGCGCGGUGGACGGGGGCGCGGAGAAGGUAGAGAGACGACAUGAGAUGGGAUCGAACCCUUGUGUGAUGCGCUUGAGCACUGCUACUGCGUCGAGUCAGGCGGAGUUGUUCGCAUGGAGAGGUUACGGGCGGCGGCGGCAGCGGGGGAAUCGGACGCUCUGAUCGCGACGCUGACGAACGCGGUGCAGGCGCUCGGCCGGGGAUUCGACGUCACCUCCGACGCGCGGCUCCUCUACUGCAAGGGAGCGCCCGGGUCCCGCCUCGUCCUGCUCGACGACACGCGGACGAGGAGCUUGGUCAUUGCAGACGACGGCGGCAGCGGCAGCGGCAGCAGCAUCGGCCAGAUCGUUCUCCCGGAUGUCCUCUUGGACGUCAAGAUCUGCAGGGAGAGGGACCGGCGGGAACCCUCUCGCGUCUGUAAUUUCCAACAGAUGGCUGAGCAUUUCAAUAAGAAGUCAGGUUUAUCUGGAACAGUACCUCUUGGUAGCUUUAACUCAAUGUUCAGUUUCACUGGAUCAUGGAAAGUCGAUGCUGCAGCAACGAAAGCCCUUGCCAUGGAUGGUUUUUAUUUUCCUUUAUAUAAAGCCAAACUUAUAAGUGAUGAUUUAUUGCUCCGGGAUGAUGUCAAGCGUGCUGUUCCUCACAGUUGGGAUCCACCACUGUUGGCUAGCUUCAUUGAGAAUUUUGGCACCCAUAUUAUCACAUCAGUUACUAUUGGUGGUAAAGAUGAAUUGUAUAUCAAGCAACACCAUUCAUCUCAGUUAUCAGAAUCAGAAAUUGAGAAGUAUGUUAAGGACAUUGGGGAUCAGAGAUUCUUGAACAUGGAACACCAAACGCUUAAUGCCCCCUUGAAUUACAAAGAGAAGGAUGUUACUGUAAUCUUUAGAAGGAGGGGCGGUGAUGAUCUUGUCCAAAAUCAUGCAGAGUGGGUGCACACCAUUUCUUCAGCACCAGAUGUCAUCAAUAUGACUUUUCUUCCUAUUGUUUCUCUUCUGAAUGGACUACCUGGAAUUCAGAAUCUAUCUCGUGCUGUUGACUUAUAUUUGGAGUAUAAGCCCCCCAUAGAGGAACUGCAGUAUUUUUUGGAGUUUCAAGUACAGAGAGUUUGGGCUCCAGCACCUGUUAACAUUCCUGGACACCAGAGAAAGGAACCUGUAUGCCCUUCUCUUCAGUUCAGCUUAAUGGGCCCCAAGCUCUACAUUAGCACAGAACAGGUAUCUGUUGGCCGUAAACCCGUCACUGGCCUCAGGCUAAGCCUUGAAGGAAGCAAACAAAACCGACUAGCCAUCCAUUUGCAGCAUCUUGCAACCUUACCAAAGAUAUUCCUACCUCACUGGGACUCCCAUGUUGCAAUUGGCCCGCCUAAGUGGCACGGCCCCGAGGAGCAAGAUUGCCGCUGGUUUGAACCCAUUAAGUGGAAGAACUUUGCACAUGUUAGCACCGCUCCGAUUGAGAGUACCGAAACAAACAUUGGUGAUCUAUCUGGCGUCUACAUAGUAACAGGAGCUCAGCUGGGGGUAUGGGAUUUCGGUGCCAAGAGUGUCCUACACCUCAAACUAUUGUUUUCCAAGGUCCCUGGGUGCACCAUACGGAGAUCAGUAUGGGAUCAUAAUCCAUGCCCUACCUUCCCCCAGAAAUUAGAUGACACUUCAUCUUCCACUUCAGGGGACAAUUCCAAGCUUGCAAAGAUUGUUGACAUGACAGAGAUGUUGAAGGGGCCACAAGAUGUACCAGGCCACUGGUUAGUCACAGGAGCUAAGUUAGGGGUUGAAAAGGGGAAGAUUGUUGUCCGUGUAAAGUAUUCCUUGUUGAACUAUUGAUACUGAUGUUACUUGUCCAAAUCUUGCUUGUUGUAUUCACCUUCCUGUGAGGCAUUCUUUCUACGGGUAGCAUGCGUUGUUUUGUUCUUCCUGUACAUUUCUAGACAUAAAAUGUUGUUUAUCACAGGGUUUUUGUUGAUGUCUUCCUUUUUCUCA